GGCUGAGGCUGGGCGCCCCGGUGCUGCUCCAGCCGAGGAGUGCGUACUAACGGACACAUUGUAUUCAAAGUCUCAGACAGACCCGUGAACGAUACUUUUGUGGCAGCUUCUGGUGUGUUAUUUCAGCUCUGACGUGAUGCAGUCCCAGGGUAGCACUUCCUCCCAGCCCUCCUUCGACUCUCUGAGCUCCAGUGACAGCCUCUUGUUCAGCGACUCAGAGCAGGCUGAAGAUGACACAGACGUCUUCCUGACAGACAGCUCCUCCUCCGUCAGCAUCAUCAGAGCGGGCGGGGUCGCGGCCAAUGGGGACGGGGGAUCGGAGAGUCCCGGGUCCCAGUGGGCAUGCGAUGGCUUCACCGACAAAGAGGAAGAAGAGUACAGGUCGGGGAGCAGCAGCAAGGCGGCUCACAUCGGCCUGGAUGAGACAGAUCCCGCAGGCCAGAUCCCAAAGUCCCAGGGAGACCUGCUGUUUGCUCAAAAGUGUGCUGAGCUACAGGGUUUUGUACGGCCCUUGCUGGAGCUGCUGAAUGGACUGAAGAAGGGCCGAUUCGACCGGGGUUUGAGUAGUUUCCAGCAGAGCGUUGCCAUGGAUCGAAUCCAGAGGAUCGUGGGUAUUUUACAGAGACCUAACAGCGGGGAGAAGUACCUGAACACUCUCCUCCAGGUGGAGAUGAUGCUGAAGCUUUGGUUUCCUCAUAUCACAAAUCAAUCCGUCUCUGCAGCCUCCAGCGUCACUGCGUCCCCUGCUCGCUCCCUCCAAGAAACCACCAGCUCCACCCCACCGCACAAGCACAGAGAUCAGUUACACAUUCCUGUCAAGAAGCGCAGACUCAGUUGGACAGGUACGGACUCUGCUACACCUUCCCCAGUGCUUCUCAAGUGCCCUCGCAUCAGUGCAGAAGAGCAGAGGGUGAACCAAGUUGAUGAUGAAAGGGACCACCCUCCUCCUCUCCCUCCUCCUCCAUCACUGACAUCUGAUGCAAAAGAAAAUUUGCCAGAUGUAGCCGGUGACAGUCAGCAAAAAGAGGACACAAAGGGAAAGGACAGUGAUAGCGAGGAACCUGGCGAGCUAUCAAAACCAUACAAAGCAGGUCAAAGCUCUGAGCCCAGCCUGACAUGGGUGCAUGUCGCCCCCAUCCUGUCCCCACGAAAGGCCUGCUCCUCACAUGAGAGCACAACAGCGGCAGGUACAAGCGAAAACCAGCUUGCCGCUGUUGCUGUCCUCCCACCUAGCAGGAAGGGCAGCCCAGCAACACAAGACAGCUCCAUCUCUUCUACCACAUCCUACAAGCACCACAGAAAUCAAAAGAAGCCAAUCCGGUGCCAAAUUCAGCCUGUUGCCGGACAACAGAGUGAGAGUGAGACCAUCGAGACCUGCCAGGGUCAAAGCCAGUCUCCUCAUGUCACACUUAAGCCUUUGCCCAGGGUGUGCCCCACUCCUCUAGAGACCUGAAAAAGCAAAA